AUGGCCACCUCGCCGCCAUUCACUCUCGACCAGGGGACGGCGCUCUCCCUCGCAGUCGCCUUCUCUCUUAUGCCAUCUGCUCAAAUCCUCGCGGCCAAAGCUCUGAAGCCCUCCGUUCCUCGAAAAUACUACCUUCUCUUCCUGUGGCACGCCUACGACUUCCUCACCCACUUCAUUAUAGAAGGCAGCUACUUGUACCACUGCUUCUUCUCGUACGUUGAAGUGCCUGUCUCCCCAUCGCAUUCACAAUAUGAAGGGACCGUCGAGCAGCAAGCAUACCUAUUCAACCGACCGGACCGUCGGUACGGCGCCCUGUAUUCACAAGCACCUAUGGCGAGGUUAUGGCAAGAAUAUGCAAAAGCUGAUCGAAGAUGGCAAGGAGCUGACUUGACCGUCAUCUCACUGGAGAUUCUCACGGUGGGCUUGGGUGGCCCGGCUGCGGUAUACGUCUGCUACCUCAUAGCCAAGGUCGUCAAUUCUGAUGAUCAGGCGGUCAAGGCUCGAUCUCAAUCGCGACUCUGGUUCGUGGCGGUCAUGCUGGCCACCGCAGAACUUUACGGCGGCUUCAUCACAUUUGCACCUGAAUGGUUGAGCGGGAAUACGGCACUGGCUGGAGAAGAUCCCGUCUACCUCUGGCUAUACCUGGUUUUCUUCAAUAUGCUAUGGGUUUUCAUCCCAUUAUGGAUUCUCUUUGUCGCCUAUCAGGAGAUUUCGGGGACGUUCAGCCUUGCAUAUGCCCAGAAAGCGGCCCAGAAGUCCAAAUGA